AUGACACUCCGCGGCGCCGCGCUGGCCGUCGUGGUGCUGGCCGCGGUCGUCCACGCCCAGGCCGCGACCACGAUGUACAGGACGCUGCCGCAAGGGAUGCCGUCGGAGGACCUCGCGGCCUCCACCGCGGCCACCACCGCGGCGACGCUGCCGGCCGAGACGCCCACGUCGCCGACCCCUGACGCCGACGCCGGGAGCGACGAGUCGGAGGAGUUGUACGCGGACGACACCGCCGACGCCUCCGACGCCGCCGACGGCUCCGGCGCCUUCCCCACCUGGCUCUUCGACGAGCUCACGUCGCUACGCAGCCUCAUGGACUCCUCCACGUCAGGCAGCGACGAAGAAGAAGAGGACGGCGACGACGAGGUGGAGCCGGCGGACCACACGAGGGACGCGUCGCUCGACGCGUCCAAGGCGGCGGAGGAGACGGAGGAGGCCGACAAGCUGAAGGCGGUCCAGGGGCAGCCCGAGGAGGGCGUGAUCAGCGUGGUGGACCUGAUGCGCCUGCUGCACGCGCUGAGCACGUCGUCCAACCCGCGAGACUCGUCGCUGGAACUCCUGGAGAAGGAGAGUCCGGAGGACGCCGCCACCAAGGACAACGCGCUGGGCAGCAACUCCAGCAGUUCCAGCUCGUCCUCUUCGAGUGGCGGCGGCGGCUUUCAAGGCGGCAACUUCGGCUAUCAGCAGCCGAACUUCGGCUUCGGGGGCCAGCAAGGCUACGGCCAGUCGGGCUUCGGCCAGUCAGGGUUCGGCCACUCGGGUUUCGGUCAGCAGGGCUUCGGCCAGCAGGGCUUCGGUCAGCAAGGUUUCGGCUACGGCCAGCAAGACUUCGGUUACGGCCAGCAGGGCUUCGGCCAGCAAGGCUUCGGCUACGGCCAGCAAGGCUUCGGCCAGCAAGGCUUCCCUGGCUUCAACGGCAACGGCCAGAGCGGCUCCAGCAGCAACUCCAACUCGCAGUCGCAGUCCAACUCGGGCUCGGGUAGCGGGGGCGGCCAAGGAGGCUUCGGUCAAGGCGGCUUCGGUCAAGGUGGCUUCGGCCAGGGCAGCUUCGGCCAAGGUUGCUGCGGCGGCGGCGUCCAGGGACAAGGCGGCUACGGCCAGGGCGGCUACGGUGGCAACCAAGUCCCCCAGGGCGGCGGCUACGGCCAGGGCGGCUCGGGCAGCACAUCCAACUCCAACUCGCAAUCGCAGUCGCAGUCCGGCUCGGGCACUGGAGGCUACGGCGGCCACCAAGAACCCCAGGAGCACGAUGGCGCCGGCCAGCUUGACGUCCGGACCGGCACGGCCACCCGGCGCUGCAAGACCAAGGCCUGCACGGAGGAGAACGCCAUCGCGGCCCCCAGCAAGGUGGCUCUGGGGGCGCGCUCCGGCAUCCCCGCGGCCCCCGCGGCCUCCGACCUUCAACGUCACUUAGCAACCGGGGCAGCCUUCCAGGAGGCGGAUGCUUCUCCAGCUCCAGCUCCAGCACGAUGA